AAUUUUGCACCUCAUAUACUUCCUCUGUCAUACUCCACACAGGGAGUAGGUUAUCCAUUUUGUAGCUAUUACCAUUUGUUUGUUUCUCACUUUCUCCAAAUAUUAAAGAAAUCAUCAUUCAAAACUUAAAGUUGAGAUUUCAAAAAUCCUAUUUUAAAUGGUUUGUGUACACAAUUUAUGUAGUAAUAAGAAGAUCUCAGAUUGAUCUCCAAGGAACACGUACAUUCUUAUACCGCGCGGUAAAACAUUUUAAAUACACAAACAUAUUCAAGUAUCAUAUAUAAAAUUUCAAAGAUUGAAGCUUGUGAAGAUACUCUGAAAACUAAAUAUCAUAAUUUCAUUCGGUCACUAGUAUUAUUAUUUUUAUAUAAAAAAGUAUUAGUAAGUGCAUGUGCAUGCAUCUUGGUCUUUUAAGAGUCCAAUUAACUGUCUAGUCAGAUUAUUUGUAUUAUUCAUUUUAACUUCACUAAUCAGUGGUUAGUACUACCUAAUUUCAAACCUUCUUAUCUUAACUUAAGCAUUAGAAACAAUUAUAAACUAUCCACUGAAUCAUUGAAGUUUUCCAUUAUCCUCUCUCAUACAAUGGCUUCUAUGAGCCAUAUUCUCCUCUUAUUUUGCUUCUUCAAUCUAAGAACAUAUCUAGUAUCAUCAGUUUAUUCAGCUAGUGAUGUUCCAAUCAAUGUAACCAAACACUUCUCUUUCCUAGAUUUCAGCUUCACCAAUAACUCAAGAUUAGUCCAUGAUUUAAAGCUUCUAGGAAAUGCAAAGUUCUCAAAUGAAAAGGGUUCACUUCAAAUUCCAAAUGAAUCACAAGAAACAGAUAUAAGACAUCAAGCAGGUAGAGGUUUAUAUUCCUUUCCAAUUCGUUUGUUAGAUCCAAUUACCAAAACACCAGCUUCUUUUCAGACCACCUUUUCUUUUCAGCUUAAUAAUUUAACUACUAAUUCUGAUUUAAGUGAUUAUGGUGGUGGUAGUGGACUUACCUUUAUCAUUGUACCUGAUGAAUUCACUGUUGGAAGGCCAGGACCUUGGCUUGGUAUGCUUAAUGAUGCUUGUGAGAACGAUUAUAAAGCGGUUGCAAUUGAGUUUGAUACGCGAAAGAAUCCGGAAUUUGGUGAUCCAAAUGAUAAUCAUGUUGGUAUCAAUUUAGGUAGCAUAGUAUCCACUAAAAUUAUCAAUGUUUCUGAUGUUGGAGUUUCACUUAAAGAUGGUUUUGUUCACCAUGCUUGGAUCGAUUAUGAUGGUCCACGAAGGAGAAUCGACAUUCGUUUAGGACUAGCGAACGAUGAAGUUUAUCCUAUCAAGCCUAUCUUCUCAGAAUUUAUGGAUCUGUCACCUUACCUGAAUGAGUAUAUGUUUGUAGGAUUCUCAGCUUCAACCGGUAACCACACACAAAUUCACAACAUACUCUCUUGGAACUUCACUUCAAAUAGCCAAGCUUUUCUUCGCUACCCUUCAUCUGAAACAUGUCAAGGUAAGAUCAUGCUUGAGAAAACUACAGAAACAACAGCAGCUACCGAUAAGAACUCUAAUAGGAACAAAACUCCGCGAAGCUUUUUGAUUUUUGUGGCUGCUGUAGUGUUGGCUUUGGUUGUUUUAGUUGGUUUUUACUUUAUCAGCAAACACAGAAGAAGUGUUUCUAAAUCAAGGACUUCUAUAGAGGAAGAUAUUCAUAGGCCAAGGCCUCCUAACAAACCACGUCGCUUCGCUUUUUCUGCAAUUUCCUCUUCGACUAGAUCAUUCAGUGAGAUAGAAGUACUUGGAAGUGAUACUAGAGGAGUAUACUACAGAGGAAAGCUUAGUAAUGGAAGCCAAGUAGCUGUGAAAAGAUUCUCAACUGAAUUUCUCAACACACACGGAUCUGAUAAGAAACGUUUGUUGAAAGAAAUCAAAGUCAUUAGUCAUGUUCGUCACCCGAAUUUGCUUCCUAUAAGGGGAUGGUGUCAAGACAACAAUGAAAUCAUUGCAGUCUAUGAUUUUGUCCCUAAUGGAAGCCUCGACAAAUGGCUAUUCGGAGCUGGUGUUCUUCCGUGGACGCGUCGGUUCAAAGUCAUCAAAGAUGUAGCCGACGGCUUGAGUUUCUUGCACAGUAAACAACUAGCUCACAAAAACAUGAAAUGCAGCAGUGUUUUUCUAGAUGUAAGCUUCAGAGCUGUUUUGGGAGAUUUUGGAUUUGUGCUAUUGGGAGCAGAAUCAAAACAGUUUGAGGCAGUAGUGUGUAAUGGUGCUGAUGUGUUUGAGUUUGGUGUGAUUGUGUUGGAAGUGAUUGGUGGAAGGCCAAGGGUGGAGGAAACAGAUGAAGGAAAUUCGGAAGAGAGGAACCUAUUAGAUUUUGCAUGGAACUUGCAUGAGACUGAUGAGAAAGUGAAGCUGGUUGAUAAAAGAAUGGGAUCGUUGAUCAAUUUGGAGCAAGCGAUUCGAGUUAUGGAAAUAGGGUUGCUUUGUACUUUAAACGAGAACAAAGGAAGACCUUCUAUGGAGCAAGUUGUGGAGCUUCUGCAUAACAUGGAGAAGCCUAUUCCUGAGUUGCCAAAAACUAGACCUGUUGCUUUAUUUCCUUAUAACAGUGCCAACACUGGACUUUGCAAUAAUUACUCCUGCACUUUGAAGCUGUGAUGAUGUUACUGGAAGAUGAUUAUGUGGUGAUUUAUAGAUAAGUUUUGUGUGUAUUAUUCUUCUUAGGCUUGUAAGUUGCAACAAGGGAUUCAAUUUCCAAAUGCAGCAAAUGUUUUAGAUUUUAGAGUGAUGUGUGAAUGUGUGAAGAUAGUAGAUAAAUAUCUCCUAUUGCAUUAUUAUUCUUGGGGGGUGUAAAGAUAGGUUUGUGAAUAUGGGAUAGUGCAGGAGAAAUGGUGAUUAUAUGUUUUCAUUAUCAGUAUGCUUUAGCAUUUCUUUGGAACCUUCACAGCCUCUAUGGAGGAUGUGUGAUUCUUUAGAGUCUUCUUGUUAUGUUAUGUUGUGUUAUGUUGCAAGUGAAAAUUGGUAAACAGGGGAAAA